AGUGUUCUUGUUGAAUAUCCAUUCGUUUCUGGUUUGGCUUUAAUCUUUUUCUAUUUUCUUUAUUCUUACUGUAUUUAUCCAUUAUAUCUCAACCCAUUGAGGAAAAUACCAGGACCGAUUAGUUUUAAACUAUCGAAAAUUCCUAUUUACAAUUCACAAAGAUUGGAACAAAGAAAUGAGCUAAUCGACAAACUUCAUUUGAAAUUCGGACCCAUAGUUCAAGUUGCUCCAAAUGAGUUAUCAUUUAAUGACCCAGAUUAUAUUAAAUUAUUUUAUAUUAAAAAAAAUUUACCAAGAUCGGAUUUUUAUUCUAAUUUUCAGAAUUAUGAUAAACCAAAUAUGUUUUCUUCAAUUGAUAAUAAAUAUCAUUUAUCUAUUAAAAAGAAAUUGACAAAUUUGUACUCAAAAUCUGCAAUUUAUCAGCCUUCGAGUAUAAAGUUUUUAAAUAGCAAAAUGUUGCAAUUAAUUAAAUUAAUUCUGGCUGAUAUUAAUAGUAAUGAAAAACUAUCUAUAAACGUUUAUUCUUUAUUCAAUGCUUUAGCUAUGGAUGUUAUAACGUUUUAUGAGCUAGGCUCUACAGUCAAUUCUAAUCUUUUGGAAAAUGAACAACAAAGAGAAGUGAUACUAAAAGGUUAUAGACAGCAAUCAUCUAUGUGGUUUUAUACAACUCUAUUGCCAGGAUUAUGGAAUUUUGCUGCUUCAAAUGAAAUUAUUAACAAUUCUAAAUUGAUUAGAAGUUGGUUAAUAGAGAAGAUUAAUUAUCUUGAUAAAAAUAAAGAUUCAUUAAUCUUUAAUGAUAAUGCUGAAUCUGGCAUAACAUCUGUGAUCUCAAAAUUAUAUCAAAAUGAUAUUAGAGGUUUAACCUCGGCAAGUGAAUUAAGCGAUCAUAUUGCUGCUGGUCAUGAAACCACUGGAAUAACAUUAAGCUAUAUUGCCUGGCAAUUAUCGAGACCAAUUAAUGAGGAAAUUCAAUUAAAAUUGAGAAAUGAAUUAUUAAAUAGUUUUGAACAGAGCUCUUCUUUUUCUUCUUCUUCUAAGCCUAAAUUGCCAACAUUAAAGAUUAGCGAUAUUGACAAAUUAUCAUAUUUAAAUGCAGUUAUCGAUGAGGCGUUUAGAUUACAUGCAGCAAUUCCAGGCUCUGAACCAAGAAGUGUUGAUUGCGAUGAUUAUUAUGUCAACUUAAACAAUGAGAAAAAAGAGGAAAUAAAAGUUCAUAUACCCAAGGGAACGAUUGUUUCAUUACAACCUUGGUCAACCCAUCGAGAUUUUAGAAUAUUUCCCAAUCCAAAUAAAUUUAUACCCGAGAGAUGGAUAAAGUUUGAUAAUGAGACAGAGGAAGAGUUUAGGAAAAGGAUAUUUAAUAUGAAAAAAUACAUGUUCCCAUUUGGACAAGGAAUUAAAAUGUGUUUGGGGAUGAAUUUGGCUAUUACAGAGAUCAAGUUAUGUUUGGCGUCGAUUUAUUUUAAUUUUAAGACAAGUAUUGACAAGAAAUGGUGUUAUGUUUUGAACAAAAACGAGACCAAUGGAGAUACAGAUGAAGUUAUGAUGAGUAUGGCAGACAGUUAUACAAGUAGACCGAUGUAUGAUGAAUGUUAUUUAAAAUUUGAA